UUUGUGUAAUGGUAACAUAUUCUUUUUUCAAUAAAACAAAGAGACCUUUUUCAUACCUCUGCCUCGGAAGCCCUAGCAAAAUCGCGGACAAUGGCCAAGUCCCUGAGAUCGAAGAGGGAGAAGAGGCUGAGAGCCAUUAGAAGAGAGAUUGUGUCUGCGGAUCCUAUCACCCUAAAGAAAGAGGACGCUAAGCUCGCUGCCCAAGAAGCUGCCCUUGCUGCCCCUAAGCUUCCCGUCCGCUCCCAACCCAAUGCGAACAAGCCCAUGGCUAUGGCUAUAGAAUCUGGAACGUCUACUUCUGCCAACAAGGAUAGCAAUAUGGAUGUUGAGAUGACAGACAAUAUGAAAUCUUUGAGACCUAUUGGAAAGAAAAUGAAAAAGAAGCUGAAGUUGGCUAAAAAGAAAGGUCAUAGCAAAGGCAAGAUUACAAAGAGACGGGUUUGAAUUCGCAGUGAUUUCAGUUGUUUGAUGUUUGUUGGAAGGCUAGAGUUUCUUGUGGUACCUAUUUGUCCUUGAAAGAGAAGGGUGGGUGGGUGGGGGGGGGGGGACUAUUCAUGGAAACCAGGGUUGUGCUAUGGGCAUUUCAAUUGGCUCUUCUGUUUUUAUUUUUAUGAAUGUGUAGUAAGAUAUUCUGUAUUAGUCAACCACUCGGACUUGCAGGGCCCCUAUGGCUUACCAAACUUUUAUAAAGAUUUUUGCAACACUGAUAUUUGUGGUAAACUAAAUACAAAGGAGUAAGGAAACAUUAAACCAAACAACC